UAUCCAAAACAAAGACAUAAUUCAAACUUAAAACUAUCCUUGUCACACUCGAUUUCUCCUAACCCUCCGCUUCUUCCUCACUUAUCAUUCUCUGCAACUCCUCGUUGCACAAACACAAAAUUCAACUAUGAUGCACAAUGCAGCAUUCUUGUUCGUCACUUUCUUCCUCCAUUACUCUACUCACCUCACACACUCUCUGAACUCCGAUGGGCUCUCUCUGUUAGCUCUCAAAUCGGCCAUUACAACUGACCCAACCCACUCUCUAACCUUCUGGUCCGAAACGGACACAACUCCAUGUCACUGGGAAGGCAUCACGUGCGACAACGUUACUCAAAGAGUGAGUUCUGUCUCUCUCUCUAACAAGAACUUCACGGGGUACAUUCCGUCUGAACUUGGCACCAUUCUCUCUCUACAAUCGCUUUCUCUCUCUAACAACAACUUCUCGAAACUCAUUCCACUCCAUCUCUUCAAUGCCACCAAUCUCGUCUCUCUGGACCUCUCGCAUAACUCUCUCAGUGGGCCCAUCCCGGACAAGAUCACUUCAUUACAGUAUUUGAAGCAUCUGGAUUUGUCUUGUAAUGAUCUCAGUGGUUCACUCCCUGAGUCGCUUAGUGAGCUAACGCAUCUUUCCGGCACGGUUAAUUUGUCGUACAACCGUUUUUCCGGUGAGGUUCCGGCGUCGUACGGGAAGUUCCCGGUGUUUCUGAGCUUGGAUUUCCGGCAGAAUAAUCUUACGGGGAAGAUUCCACAGGAGGGGUCAUUGCUGAACCAGGGGCCCACAGCUUUCUCAGGAAACCCUGGUUUAUGUGGGUUUCCAUUACAGGUGUUAUGCACAGAGCCCGAGGCGCAAAACCCGAGAGUCGUUUCGGAUCCUGAAAACCCGAAACCUUUAAACGGGUUCACAGGGAGAGCAAGAGAGAAAAACGGGUCGGUUGCGGUUCCGUUAAUUUCAGCCGUCGCGGUUGUAAUCGGAGUGGUGUUUGUAUCGGUGUGGGUAAUCAAGAAAAAAUGGAAAGUUAACGAGGGCAAAACGGGGAAAGAAAAGUUGGAGAAGGAGGUAAACAGUGAAGAAGGGCAAAAGGGUAAAUUCAUAGUUCUGGACGAAGGGUUCAAUUUGGAAUUAGAAGAUUUGUUGAGGGCAUCUGCGUACGUGGUGGGGAAGAGCCGGAGUGGGAUAGUGUAUAAAGUGGUAGUAGGGAGGGGAUCAGGUGCGGCGGGUGCAGUUGUUGCGGUGAGGCGCUUGAGCGAGGGUGAUAACACGUGGAAGUUCAAAGAGUUUGAUUCAGAGAUGGAGGCUAUUGGCAGGGUCCAGCAUCAGAAUAUCGUACGGCUGAGAGCUUAUUACUACGCACAUGAUGAGAAACUAGUGGUUUCUGAUUAUAUAUCCAAUGGAAGCUUGUACACUGCGCUGCACGGUGGACCAGCUAAUACAUUGCCACCAUUCUCAUGGGCAAUAAGGUUGAAGAUUGCCCAGGGCACUGCAAGGGCUUUAGCGCACAUUCAUGAAUACAGUCCUCGAAAAUAUGUGCAUGGAAACAUAAAAUUAUCAAAGAUCCUACUCGAUGAUGACCUGCAACCUUAUAUCUCUGGUUUUGGUCUCAGCCGACUUGUAUCAGGCGGCAUUUCAAAAUCUACGAAUGGAGGAUUCAAAAAGCAGGACCUGAAUCAGACCAUAGUAAGUCCAAAAAAUUCAGCUUCUACAUCGGUAUAUCAUAUUGCACCCGAAGCUCGAGUUUCAACAAGCAGAUUCACUCAGAGAAGCGACGUCUACUCUUUUGGAAUCGUGCUUUUGGAGAUAUUAACAGGUCGCUCACCUGAUGGCGGAGCAGAUAACAAUGGUAUGAGUCUUGAGAGCGUAGUGAGGAAGGUAUUUCGCGAGGAACGUCCCUUGUCCGAGAUUAUUGACCCAGCACUUAAGCACGAGGUUCAUGCAAAGGCACAAGUUGUUGCUGCGUUUCAUGUUGCAAUCAGCUGUACAGAAUUGGAUCCAGAACUUAGACCUAAGAUGAGGAUGGUAUCUGAUUGUCUCGAUCGGAUUAAGGCAUAAGGGAAGUUUUUUUUGCACCUUUUCUAGGUUCAUAAUGUGUCUUUAAUGUUAGGAAGUUGGAAUUCCAUUAAGCAUGCUGUAACAUGUGUAGCUAGGCAGAAGUUGUAGUAGAAGUAGAAGCGUUAGUUCCAUCCUGAGAUGACUGACUGCACCCUCUUCUUACAUGUGUAUAUAAGAAUGCGGGUUCAUAUGA